CGAGUUUCAAUUUUCUUCUUAAUCACUUAUUUCGACAAAUUCCUAUAAUCAUAUCGAUGAUUUUAUCGCACUAAUGAUAUAUCAUCUGGCAUAUUGGAUUAAAAAAAAUUUCAAAAUUUUCUCUAAUCUGAUUCGAGUUGAGUAUUCGCAAACUGCAGCGACAGUGUGCAAGAGUAAAAAUCUGCCUUACCUUCAUAGUUUUGCGUCUGCUUUAUUCCGGCACAUAAGACUUAUUUUGUGCGAGUGACGUUUUAUGUUGACAGAUUCUGUAUAGAUUCGAUAUUCCUAAGAAUUUAAAUUUAAAUCAUGUUGGGUGCAGGAAGAGGAGCUAUUCGUAGCAUUUCAAGUAAUUCUGCAGCACCUUUGAGAACAAAAAAAGGACGCAUGCUAGAUUCUAUCAUCAGAGUAGAUCAUGCAGGAGAAUUUGGAGCUGAUAGAAUAUAUGCGGGUCAAAUGGCAAUAUUAGGUAAUACAGCUUCUGGUCCAACUAUUCAACACAUGUGGGAUCAAGAAAAAGUACACAAGGAAAAAUUUGAAGAACUGAUCAAAAAGCAUGGAGUCAGACCGACGGCCCUGCUACCGAUAUGGAAUAUUGCUGGCUGGGCGUUAGGCGCCGGUACUGCUCUUAUGGGUGAGAAGGCAGCAAUGGCCUGUACAGUCGCAGUCGAGGAUUCAAUCGUCGAGCAUUACAACGAUCAGCUGAGAUCGCUUAUGGAAGUCAGUGACGAAAGCGAUCGUGAAAUUCUCGAAACUAUCAAAAAGUUCCGUGACGAAGAGCAAGAGCAUCACGACACAGGUCUAGAGCAUGGAGCCGAACAAGCGCCGUUUUAUCAAGCUCUUACAAACGUCAUCAAAGUUGGCUGUAAAACAGCCAUAGCGAUAUCCAAAGUUAUCUAAAUAUAUCGAUAGAGUAGAUAAUAAUAUUACGUUCAUUUGCGUUGAUACUAUUAGAGCUUUUUUGUACUUUUUAGUGAUUCCACGUAUUAGUAUUUGUUAUUUAUUGUAAAUAAAAAGAAAUUUUGCGUA